AUGGUUUCCCUCACACCUAAUGACUACACCAUCGCAUGGAUAUGCGCCUUGUCUUUAGAGGCGGCAGCGGCAAGCGCCAUGCUAGACAAGACCCACACCCUACCUCCACGGUCUACUGACACCAACGCCUACGAACUUGGCGAAUUGAACGGCCAUUAUAUAGUCAUUGCCUACCUACCAGCUGGCGUGUAUGGAACCGUGUCUGCUACAACUGUUGUAUCUCGCAUGCGUUCAACGUUCCCACAGCUUCAGUUUGGACUGAUGACUCUUUUGACGCAUAUGAGUCAACUCGAGACAAGGCAGAUGAUUGGGGGGGAGGACACUGUUUCAAAAACGGUGUGGGAAGUACUGGAACGAAACCACAACUUAAAAGACAGAUUUUCUCCCCCACAAGAGCAUACAGAUUUUCUUUUCCGUUCCUCCUAUCGCCAUGUUGACAAAGAAGAUACUUGCGAAAAGUGCGAUAAAGAGCAAUUAGUCAAACAACCACAGCGUGACCUAAGGACGCCUUAUAUCCACUAUGGGUUGAUUGCCUCCGGGGAUCAGGUGAUGAAGGACUCAGAAACGCGAGACCGUCUAGCUCAACAACAUGGGAUACUUUGCUUUGAGAUGGAGGCAGCAGGCCUUAUGGACGAGCUUCCAACACUUGUGAUCCGAGGGAUAUGCAACUAUUGUGAUUCCCAUAAGCAGAAACAGUGGCAAGGAUAUGCAGCUUUGACAGCAGCUACCUAUGCAAAAUUAUUACUAUCGGUCAUGCCUGUGUGCCGUACAGAUUUCAGCUUGCUGAGGAGCAAUAAAGUGCGGCACUGGGUGGUCUCGCUGGCAAGAAAUCCAAAAUUUGUCGGUCGCCAGGAUGAAAUCACGGAGCUAGAAGAAUUAAUAACAAUGCAAGAUGGGCCCAGGAGGGUUGCAAUCACUGGUUUAGGAGGGGUUGGGAAGACACAAGUGGCCCUAGAGCUAGCACACCGCAUACGGGACCGAGACAAGGAGUGCUCGGUUUUCUGGAUUCCAUGUACUAGCCAUGCAAUGAUUAAGCAGACGUUCCUGAGUAUUGCACAGACACUCGGACUUCAUGGCAUGAAGGCAGCAGAGGCUAAAGAACAGAUCAAGAUAUACCUCAACUCCAAGCAUGCAGGAAAGUGGCUUCUGAUUUUUGAUAAUGCGGAUGACACGGACAUGUGGUUAGCAACCAGUCACACAGCUCAAGCCCUUGAGGACUUUCUCCCUCAGAGUGAACAAGGCCGUAUUUUGUUCACUACCCGAAACCGAAAACUUGCCAUGAAGCUGGCACCAUUUAAUACUGUUCCGAUUCCAGAUGUGGAUAAAGAAACCGCAUUAAAAAUUCUGCAAAGGACAUUGGCACAUGAGGACUUGCUCAAAGAUAAUAUCACAACAGCCACUCUCCUAGAGCAACUGGCCUUUCUUCCCUUGGCAAUUGCACAGGCAUCAGGAUAUAUUAUUGAAAACGGUAUGAGUCUGUCUACCUACCUUACGCUUCUCCAAGAGCAGGAACAAGGUGCUGUGGAACUCCUUAGCGAAGACUUUAGGGAUCCAGGACGCUAUAAGGAUAUCCAGAACCCUGUUAUCACCACGUGGUUAAUAUUGUUUAAACAGAUUCAGCGUCAAGAUCAAUUAGCAGCAGACUAUCUAUCCUUUAUGGCCUGUGUUCAUCCACGAAAUAUCCCCCAGUCUCUUCUUCCCCUUCAAACUUCCAAGAAACGGAGGCUUGACGCCCUGGGGCUUCUGAAUGCAUACUCAUUCACUAACAGCCAAGACAUGGAUAUAAGUAUGCACAGACUUGUGCAUAUUGCGACCCGGAACUGGCUUAGAAAGAAUGGACUGCUCAGUUCCUGGAUCCAAAGGGUGGCUGAUCGGAUACAGGAGGUUUUUCCAGAUAAUCAUUAUACUAAUCAAGGACUUUGGCGAGAAUACCUCCCUCAUGCUUUGGCGCUUGUGCAAGGAACCGAGUUCAUUAUAAAACAAAACAUCGAUUUGGUUGAGAGGAUUGCAGAUUGCCUUGCUAGUGAUGGAAGAUAUCAAGAAGCGGAGGGUCUAUACAAGAAGCUCAUGGAAAUCAAUCAGGAGAGAAAUGGGCGCGGGCAUUCCUCCACUCUGACCAGUGUGGCAAAACUGGCAUCAACCUACCGGGAUCAAGGACGAUGGAAUGAAGCUGAGAAGCUAGGGGUGCAAGUAAUGGAGACUUCCAAGACAGUGCUAGGAGCUAAGCAUCUCAACACUCUGACGAGCAUGGUGAACCUGGCAUCAACCUACGGGAAUCAGGGACGAUGGGAUGAAGCUGAGAAGCUGGAGGUACAAGUAAUCGAGACUUCCAAGACAGUGCUGGGAGCUGAGCAUCCUGUCACUCUGGCCAGCAUGGCUAACCUGGCAUCAACCUACCGGAAUCAGGGACGAUGGAAUGAAGCUGAGAAGCUGGGGGUGCAA